AAACAAUGGCAAACAUCUCAGUAACAACGGCAAGUGAAAACUUAAUCAAGGCCAUGAAUGAACACAUCAUUCCGAACCAAGAGUAUUUGCUUCAGGGAUCAAUUUUGGAUUCAGCCGUCGAACAUUUGUUGCAUAGAUUAAAGGGGCUUUGUGAUAAUGUGGACUCGGGACCGGAGCAGUUCCAAGAUCAUGAAAUCUGUUUCAGUCUACGCAUGCCAAAUCAGCCGAACCCACUUCAGUUGCGUGUGAGAAAAGCCACAGCUGAAACGGAUCAAUUUCAGCCGUAUCAAUUGCGUUACAUUGGCCAGCCCGAACUUGGUGACCGAACACGACCAACCGUAGUUCGUUCGAGUAUAAAUGUCGCUUGUACUCCAUCCGUUGUUGAAUUUCUCACCGAAUUGGGUUGUCGCGUGGAUUUUGAGUACAUCAACCGUGGUUACAUGUUCCGAAAAGGACGAAUGAAAAUUACCGUUUCGAAGAUUUUCAAAGUGACACCACUAAAACCGGGCGAAACAUUCAGCGAUCCCAUCUCUCAGAGUUAUUUGGUCGAGCUAUCGGUUUUGGCAGCAACUGGCCAAGACGCCAUCGGCGAAGAUAUGCGAGCAUUUGCUGAACAACUCAAGCCAUUAGUACAUUUGGACAAAAUCGAUUUUAAACGUCUCGGAACUUUACCUUGA